AAAUAAUCACCUUUGUUAAAUUAGAUCUAUAGAGUCAUUGUUGAGUGGAGAUUUUAAUACAGUUUUAUUGUUGGAAAUGUAUUUAUUAGUUAUUGUCAGCAAUGUGGUUCUGCUGAGUGCAGCCGCCAAUGAAAACGUUAUAACACAGAGUAUGACAUCAAUGCCAACAAACGGACAAUCAAGUGAAAUGCCAACAAGCGGGCAAUUCAGUGAAAUGUCAACAACAAGGCAAUCCAGUAAAAUGCCAACAAACGGGCAAUUCAGUGAAAUCCCAACAACAGAGCAAUCCAGCGAGAAAUCGAGUAUUUUGCCUACAAGUUGUCCAAGUGGGUUUGUUCAAUGUGUCGAUGGUAAAUGUGAACCAUUUGAAGCUCUCUGUGGAGAAGGAGGUGUAGUGACUGUGUCUUUUCCACUUGAGGCAACAACGGAAAUGGCACUUAGCAGCUCUGCAAGACCUUCAGCCACCAUUGACAGUUCAGGAGAGUCUGCUGUUGUCACAAUAACAAACACACUGGCUGCAACAACACCGACAGUUUCUGUUACAACAACACCUGUUAUCAUAGCAACAGACAGCAAUGGACAGGAAAUUUGUUUAGACGGCUGGGAGUUGUGUCUGGAUGGAACAUGUGAACCUUUCCACUGGCUCUGUGCGGAACAUGACGGCUCCGCAAAUUUCACAACUAUAAAAACAACACAGGCACCAUCAACGAAAGCUGUUGAGACGACCCCUCCGAUAGUAACAGAAACCAUGAUAAAAACGACAGUUUUAGUGCCUGUUGGUUUCCCAACUGACGCAACAACGGAGAUUGCACUUAGCAGCUCUGCAAGACCUUUAGUCAGCGGAUCCGCCAUUGUUCCACAAGAAAUAACCACAUCGUUUCCAUCUGGUGUAACUAGCGUAUCAGGAACAUGUCCAAGUGGUUUUGUUCUAUGUGUCGAUGGUACUUGUGAACCAUUCGAAGCAUUGUGUGGAGAAGGAGGAGUUGUAACUGUUACAUUUCCAACAGAUUUGACAACAAAAGGAACGGUACCUUCAGCCUCAGGAAGCCCUAUACCAACGAUGUCAACAUCCGAGAGUUUAGCUCCUUCCACAACGGUUCCGACCACGACAACAACGUUUGCAGUACCAACAGAUAGUAGCGGGAAAGAGGUUUGUGCUGAUGGCUGGGAGCAAUGCAAGGAUGGCACGUGCGAACCUUUCCAUUGGCUGUGUACAGAACAUGACGGCAGUGCGCCAAUUAUCGGUUAAUUGAAAAUUUAUUGAUAAAUCGAUUGUUGUUUUUUAAUUACAUAAAUGAAGAUUGGAAAUCAUCUUGCUAUUUUGUGAACAAAACAAAAACAUCAUAGUCCUAAAAUGAA